AGAAGGGCGCUGGAGGAGGAAGAAGAAAAAACUCCCAGCACGCUGGCGGAACGGGGUCACGAACUAUGACCUUUCACAGAAGAAAAACAAUAACAAGUAAUUUAAAAAAAAACCAAGAUCUAACAGCUGCGUUGUUUAUUUAAGGAGAGCUGCUCCUGUCCAACCUCAAAUCACAUGAUGCAUCAUGUGGAGAAUCAAAGCAUCUUCAAAGCCACUUUUUCACAUUGUCCAAUCGGUGCAGGCCUCCUCCCCAGACUCCUCAGUGAUGAGCGGCUCUCCACAGCGCAUCCAGAUCAUCUCCACCGACUCGGCUGUCACCACCCCGCAGCGCAUACAGAUCGUAACUGACCAGCAGACGGGUCAGAAGAUCCAGAUUGUCACGGCAGUGGACCCAUCUAGCACUUCCAAACAGCAGUUUAUUUUGGCUGCCCCAGAUGGGUCCGGUGCCGGCAAGGUGAUCCUGGCCUCACCAGAGACACAGAAUGCCAAACAGCUUAUCUUCACCACAGCUGAUAGCAUUGUGCCUGGGAGAAUACAGAUUGUAACAGAUGCAGCGUCGGUGGAGCGUCUGCUGGGCAAGGCGGGGGACGUGGGCCGGCCGCAGCCUGUGGAGUACUGUGUGGUGUGUGGGGACAAGGCCUCAGGGCGGCAUUAUGGGGCCGUGAGCUGUGAAGGCUGCAAAGGCUUCUUCAAGAGAAGCGUUCGCAAGAACCUGACGUACAGCUGUCGGAGUAACCAGGACUGCAUUGUCAACAAGCACCAUCGUAACCGGUGCCAGUUCUGUCGUCUGAAGAAGUGCCUGGAGAUGGGCAUGAAGAUGGAGUCUGUGCAGAGUGAGAGGAAACCAAUCGAACUGCCGAGAGAAAAGCCUGCAAACUGUGCAGCUUCCACUGAGAAAAUCUAUAUCAGGAAGGACCUGCGGAGUCCGCUCAUCGCCACGCCCACCUUCAUCACAGACAAAGAUGGCUCCAGGUCUAGUCUCCUUGAUCCCGGAAUGCUGGUCAAUAUUCAGCAGCCAUUGAUACAAGCAGACGGAACAUUACUUUUAGCCACAGACUCAAAGGCCGAAUCAAACCAAGGUGACCUGGGAACACUAGCGAAUGUAGUGACGUCACUCGCCAACCUGAAUGAGUCCCUGAACAAUGGCGAUACCUCAGAGGUCCAGCAGGAGGAGCAGUCUGCCAGCGAGAUAACACGUGCCUUUGACACCCUGGCCAAAGCCCUUAACCCUACAGACACCAUUGCAGGACAGAACUUAGUGGAGGGUGUGGACGGGGCAGGUGGGGCCACUAUCCAGGUGAUCAGUAGAGACCAGGCCACGCCCAUUAUUGAAGUGGAGGGACCGCUGCUCACAGACACUCAUGUUAGUUUUAAGCUAACGAUGCCCAGCCCCAUGCCGGAGUACCUGAAUGUUCACUAUAUCUGUGAAUCUGCCUCUCGCCUGCUCUUCCUCUCCAUGCACUGGGCACGUUCCAUUCCAGCAUUCCAGGCCCUUGGUCAGGACUGUAACACCAGUCUGGUGCGUGCCUGCUGGAACGAGCUGUUCACCCUCGGGCUGGCGCAGUGUGCUCAGGUCAUGAGCCUCUCCACCAUCCUGGCUGCCAUCGUCAACCACCUGCAGAACAGCAUUCAGGACGAUAAACUGUCAGGGGACCGGAUCAAACUGGUCAUGGAGCACAUCUGGAAGCUUCAGGAGUUCUGCAACAGCAUGGCCAAACUGGACACAGAUGGCUAUGAGUACGCCUACCUGAAGGCCAUAGUGUUAUUCAGCCCAGAUCACCCCGGCCUGAGCAGCACCAGCCAGAUUGAGAAGUUUCAGGAGAAGGCCCAGAUGGAGUUGCAAGAUUAUGUUCAAAAGACUUACCCCGAUGACACCUACAGGUUGGCCCGGAUCCUGAUGCGUCUCCCAGCCCUUCGACUGAUGAGUUCCAACAUCACGGAGGAGCUGUUCUUCACGGGCCUCAUCGGGAACGUGCCCAUCGACAGCAUUAUCCCUUACAUCCUGAAGAUGGAGACGGCAGAGUACAACAGUCAGAUCACAGGCUCCUCUGCGUGAUCCCUGCCCCCCAAACUAUCAGCAAUUAGCCACUGUUUAAAGCUGGCCCCUUUUUUAAUUUAUGUUUAACUUUUUUUCAAAUUUGAAAUUCUUAUUUUAACUUAAUGAUGAUGAUAAUAACAAUAACAAUACUAAUUAUGUAGGCCUACUUACUCUGGUAACCUUUCUCAAAGUUCUGUAUUUAUUUGGUGCAGUUGUAUAAAGAGCCCGGGUUCUAUAAUGACUAGUCUUAUAGAGAGAUAAGUUUAUUUAGUAGUACCGCUCUGCUCUUAUUCAGAUUCCAUUGCAUGAACUGUUAGUCUCCUUAUGUUUUGCACAUGAAAUGGGACAAAUAAUAUUGGAUGACUCUGCCUUUCUUUUUUAGUAUCUUCAGCAAAUGGUGGCAGCGCAGAUAUGUCAAAUUCACCCUGCUAACGCCUUUUAAACUCUUUUACAUCAAUGUGAAAAUUAUUCUUCAUGGUAGGCAAUAUAAGUGAGACGAUAAAUCGAAGUACUAAUUCUGCUUCCAGUAUCACAAUUAGACUGGAAUGUUUUAAUAGGUAAUAUAUGAAUGAAAUGCCCUUGAAUGUCCUUAUUUUGAAAACAUGAAACCAUGUACAUGUUGUUUAUAGAAUACCAAUAAGUGUUUCUUUCUAUGUUUAGAAGGUAACACUUAGACUUACUGUGUGAACUGCAUGUUUAACCUAUAGAAACAAGGAUGCUUUACAUUCUCUGAAACCACAGGUAUUCUGAAUUUAGUUUGUGGGCAGUUGUGAGUAGUUAUGUAGCUGUCAUUAUUUCCGCCAUGCUGGACAUAUUUACUUAACAUCUGCAUACCUGAAUAUAAGACCGACAUUUCUUAUUGAUGUCAGUUAGAUUGGUUUAGUUCUGCCCAUUAAUAAUUUAAAUCCUUGUAAGGUUGUGAUGGGAGGGUGGCUUUGUGAACUCCUAAGUGGUGUGAGCUACCAUUUAUUGUUUGCAUUUCUGUGGUUUGACCCAGUGAGAUUGGAUUUGCUGUGGAAAGCAAAGUUUAAUUGGUCAGUCAAGUGAGUGAUUGACAACUCCUUGUAACCCUGCAUUUUGGGGCUUGUUAAAUGUUACUCAAGCCCCAAUUACCACUAGGUACAAAAUGAAAAGUGACUUUAACAUUUAAUACAAUAAUGUUAUCUAGGUGAAUCAUGUGAAAGCCUAAAACAAAAGCAUAUUGAAUUUGGGAAGGACAAUUUUUGGUACAGGUACUUCAUGGAUUCCAUAAAUGAUAUACUUAUACUUACUAUAUCUUUAUUGUCAUCCUUUUUUUUUUUUUUUUGCAAAUGCAUAUGAAUUUACACAUAAUUGCUUUUCUAAAGCGUGACGUCUAACGAAUAAUAACAGUGGGGUGUAUUUAUUCAUUUGUCCUUAACUUUGAUUUAAAAGUAAAUGCAUGUGUUAAACCUUUUCUUUACCAACAAACUCAGUUUGUUUUAGUCAUGGUUGAACUUGCCAAACUGUGUUUUUUUUUUUGGGGGGGGGG